GUACCUAAGAUACGUAGGUGGACUUAAGUCUGCGUUAGUUUAAUAGCUUGAUUUCCUAAUCGGGUAAUUUUCCCUGGAUCGUGACCUCAAAAGCGUAAUGAUAGGCAAGCCCAACAAUUGUUAUAAAUUUCUUUUGUCUCGCGCUUCCUGUUUGCAGUUCAACUAUUCAAUCCGUUCAACCAGCCCUACGACUUCUCUUCAGCUCCACGCCUUGUGUUUAAAGUACACGUUUCACGAAAGUGUUUUAACGUCAUUACCUAGAGCUUAGAAGUUAGACAAGACAGAAUUCAAGAUGCUGUUCAAAUCCACUGCGUUGGCUGCUUUGGCUGCGACGGCGACAGCCUCUAACUCUACUGGACCUUACGCCCUGCACAUCACCGGCAAAUCCAACUCGUCAAUUGAUGGAUACGCCGCCGCUUGCCACGCAGGUGCAGGAAUAGAAGGACUCUGCUACGCAGCUGGCACCGCGCCCGUCGCCGGCAGUGUAACCGAGUUCUACUACAACUACACCUCUUACAACCCAGACACCGGCGCUCCCUCGCAGCCUGGUUGGAUCACCUACCUGCUGACCGCCGGCAGCAACAACGGCACCAUCACGAUCCCCUCAGCCCUUCAAUUCCAGCCUAGCUUCAGCAGCAACGUCCUCCUAGGUUUGAUCUUCCCAGGCGUCGAGGAUGGUACAGCCGUGUACUACCACCCCGACAACGGCACGCUGUACAUCAACGGCGGCUACGACGACUCGACAUUCAACGCUACUUACCCCAACCCGGUGCCCACCUAUGGCAACUUGACUAACUUCCACCUUUGCUACCAAUUCACCGGUGGUUACUACUACCAAUCCAUUGCUUGGGUAUCCACACAACCGCCUCACAACCCGUCGUGCGAGCCGGUCGACUUAGCUAUCGAGGAGCUGAAAUAGAGGGUUACGACUACAUGGGUAUGAGAGAUGAUUCGAGGAUUAAGAGAUGUGCAUACGUCUAUUCGCCAGGUGUUAAUAUAACGAGAUCAUAGAGGAGGAUAGGCCGUCACUCGGCCGCUUAAUAUUGCAUUAAUCAUCAACCGCCUAGCAACGGGUAGAUUUUAAUAAACUAUACCACAUUUUGAGAGAACAUUUUGAUGUUGGUC